GCUUUGGAAGCUUACCUUCUUAUUAGAGAAAGGGGGUGAGAUAGGCGACAGGUAGCUUGCUUCCAAGCCGGCCCGGCCGCGAGGAAGAAAGAGAUUUUUUCCGGUGCUGACCGGGUGACGGAAUAAGGCGGCCAGAAGCGACGAGCAGUCGCGGUCGAAGCUUGGCUCUAGCCGAUAGGCUAGCAGUAAGCUUGGCUACAGCGAAGCGCUUACCAAGCGCGAAGGAAAGGGCCUUCGCCACUUGAGCCGUAUGCGGGGGAACUCGCACGUGCGGUUCUUAGGGGGGGGAGAGCUAGUAGGAGCCGUCCUAUCCCAAUAGCGUAUAUUUGGAGCUCAAUAUGAAAUCCUAUUUUCUUGCAAGACCCGUUCGGAUAAGGGAAAACUCCAGAGAUUGCUUUGAAGUAAGAUCUUGCGUUGACCCUUUCCUGAACCAGAACGGGGGGGGUGAGAGGAAAGGGGGAUCCAAAUCAUCAAUAAAGUGAGGGCUUUCCGGACCCCCCUUUUCCAUUCUUCCUUCCUCCAUCACUCCCUCUUUUUCAAUAAAGAAGCCCCCGGGCCCCUCUCUGAUAAGGAAGGAAACGAAAUAAUCUCAAUUUUACGAAAAAUCUGGUCCGAUGGCUGUUUUCCACUAACCACAAGGAUAUAGGGACUCUAUAUUUCAUCUUCGGUGCCAUUGCUGGAGUGAUGGGCACAUGCUUCUCAGUACUGAUUCGUAUGGAAUUAGCACGACCCGACGAUCAAAUUCUUGGUGGGAAUCAUCAACUUUAUAAUGUUUUAAUAACGGCUCACGCUUUUUUAAUGAUCUUUUUUAUGGUUAUGCCGGCGAUGAUAGGUGGAUCUGGUAAUUGGUCUGUUCCGAUUCUGAUAGGUGCACCUGACAUGGCAUUUCCACGAUUAAAUAAUAUUUCAUUCUGGUUGUUGCCACCAAGUCUCUUACUCCUAUUAAGCUCAGCCUUAGUGGAAGUGGGUAGCGGCACUGGGUGGACGGUCUAUCCGCCCUUAAGUGGUAUUACCAGCCAUUCUGGAGGAGCAGUUGAUUCAGCAAUUUCUAGUCUUCAUCUAUCUGGUGUUUCAUCCAUUUUAGGUUCUAUCAAUUUUAUAACAACUAUCUCCAACAUGCGUGGACCUGGAAUGACUAUGCAUAGAUCACCCCUAUUUGUGUGGUCCGUUCUAGUGACAGCAUUCCCACUUUUAUUAUCACUUCCGGUACUGGCAGGGGCAAUUACCAUGUUAUUAACCGAUCGAAACUUUAAUACAACCUUUUUUGAUACCGCUGGAGGGGGAGACCCCAUAUUAUACCAGCAUCUCUUUUGGUUCUUCGGUUUUAAAUGGCCCUUUUCAGAUGAAAAUCUGAAUACGCAUUGCGCUAUAUGCUGGGACUGUCUGCUUAAUGGUACUCCUACUAUGUUCAUAAGUGGUUUUCUAGUAAAACCCCGAUGUAGUCAAAAUGGAGUAUCUAAGACACAAUCAGCAGGUAACCAACGACAUAAAAGCAGUCUAGUAGGAACCUCAGAGACUACAUGCGCAACAACUUAUCCUAAAUCCUUCUGUGAGUGGCUAGCUGGAAUUAUCGAUGGUGAUGGAAGUAUUCAAGUUAGUAAACAAGGAAAGACUUCUCUUGAAAUUACUAUGGGACUUGAAGAUCUAUCACUACUACGAUAUAUCCAACAUAUGCUUGGUGGAAGUAUUAAAAUGCGAUCAGGUGCUAAAGCUUAUCGUUAUCGACUACAUAAUCAACUUGGUAUGAUUAAACUAAUGAAUUGUAUUAAUGGUCAUAUUCGACAUUCAGCACGACUCCUUCAACUACAUCGUGUCUGUCAAGUACUGGAUAUCCCUGUAAUUCUACCUAUUACACUAGAUGCUCAAUCAAAUUGGUUUGCAGGAUUCUUUGAUGCUGAUGGUACCAUUGGUAUCGCUAUGAAGAAUCGACUACCUCAACUAAGUAUUCGAGUAACUAAUAAACUUCUACAAGAUGUAGAGUCUUAUAAGGUAGUAUUUGGAGGAAAUAUCUACUUUGAUAGUAGUCAAAAUGGUUACUAUCAAUGGUCUGUACAAAGUCGAAAAGAUGUUAUCAUGAUGCUAGAUUACUUUAAAUCAAGUACUUUCCGAAGUCAUAAAUCACGACGAUUCUUCCUUAUUGAGGAAUAUUACAGUCUUUACGAUCUCAAAGCAUUUAAACCUGACAGUAUUCACCAUAAAGCAUGGCUAGCUUUCCUAGACAAAUGGAAUAAGUUGAUGAUAUAGUCCACCUUUCUUCUAUUCAUCCGCUUAUAUUAGUAGAA